UCCGGAAUUACAUCCCAAGAACAUCGGUGACAUUUUUGGAGACUUUUUUGAAGAGCCAUGAAGCCCCGCAGGCCGAGCUGUGCAGACUCCGGGUCUGAUUCUGAUUCCAGAGACCCGGAGAAGUUUGAGAGUGCUAUGCGGCGCAGGAUGGCGGCCAAUGCAAGAGAACGAAAGAGAAUGCAAGGCCUGAACACGGCAUUCGACCGGCUUCGGAAAGUGGUUCCACAGUGGGGUCAAGACAAGAAGCUGUCCAAAUACGAGACCCUACAGAUGGCUCUGAGCUACAUCAUGGCCCUCAAUCGGAUCCUGAGCGACGCUGGUAGACACGUGGAUCCUCAGAAAGACUGGCUUAAUUUACAGUUCGACGGCCUACAGACUGAGGGAUAUUUUAUGCACUACGAUUCACCUGUGGAAAGUGACUGCAUGCUUUCUUCUUUCUCCUACCACUACGAAAGCCUCUGAAGUGACUGACUGAUGGAGCAUUUACUGUAUCUUUCUUUAUGUGGAUACAGGAGGGUGUAAAUAUGUUUGUAUUACUAUGUAAUAUUUUAUGUUCAUGCUUUAAUGGAGUCUGAAUCAUUCUAGUGGUAUACAGGGUGAGGAAAAAGUACGUUUUUGUGCAAUUGUAGAAAAUCUUCCAUUGGGCGGGUUGUGAAUGAGGACUUAAAAGCGCAUUUGUUUAUGAAUCAGAUGUUCAUAUUUUAUUUGGAUUGCUUUGUAUCAAAUCUUUGUGAUUGGUGUGUGCUCAGCUCAAAGUCGAGAGCUGAAUAUCAUACACUGUGAUGUUAUUCUGCCAUUGAAUUUUCUUGCUGUGUUUUGUUGAUAAACUCAAUAAGAGGGGAAGAGAGUGUGAUAAUGUUUAUAAUAAUACAAUUAAAAAAUUGUAUUUUUUAUGUAUAAUGUUUUGUACCGUAGCCAGAGUAGUUUGAGCUGUAGUUUAUUUUUUGAUUGAACUGGAUUUAAAAUGUUAUAUUUUGUUUAUGGUGCAAUUAAUAUGUGUUAGAAUAAACACUGACUAAACCACUC